CCAGAUGUUAUGGGCCAUAAUGGGUCUGCAGGCCCAAUUGUAAUGACAUUUCCACACGUGUCGAUCCCUUUUCAUUAGUUUCUUCACACGGUAAUCGCUCGUUCGUUGAAGAACACCUACCAUCAAUUUCCGGACGAGCAAGCCGAGGACUGUUUGUACAAAAACUCGAAACUACUAUUUUUCUGUCUGAUUGGAGCAACUCAGUCUCCAUCUGGGUUUUCUAAGCUUCAGCAAUGCAGGCAUGAAAGAAAAGAAUUCCACCACCGCCUCUACACUUGGACGGAUUUUAGCUACUUGUUCUAAGCAGGCCAAAGACUACGGAAGCUGUGUUGCAUCUAAAGUCCAUGAGGUUGAAAGAGACAUAUGUUUGAAAGAGUUUCUUGCACUGAAGAGUUGUAUGCAGCAUACGAUCCGGGGAAAGGCUUGAAUCACAAUUAUAUUCUCCUUCUCGUUAGAGGCAUUUAUCAGCACUGCUUGAAGUUUUAACAUCAGGAUGUCAAUUUCACAGGCAAGUGUUGGUUCUGGUGCUUUAUCACAUGUGUAUAUACAUCAUCCAGCCCUACGUUGCAAUAUUCCUGAAUCCAGGGGGUUGUUCUAUGAUGAUGCCAACAGAUUGCUGAUAUGUACCACAUCUAGUCAGGUCUUUUCAUGGGAAACAUCCCCCUUUAAUCCAGACGUACCUCCUUCAGUUGAUUCUAUAAAUGAAGGGCCUAUUCUGUCAAUCAGAUUUUCUCUUGAUAAAAAAGCGAUAGCUGUCCAAAGAUCUGAUUGUGAAGUACAGUUGUUUAAUCGAGAGACCAAGAAGAUACUAAACCACAAAUGUAAGGCAGGAUCAGAGAGCAUUCUCGGAUUCUUUUGGAGUGACUCUCCAUUAUGUGAUCUUGCAAUUGUAAAGACCAGUGGCAUGGACUUGUUCGCUUGUGAUUCUGUGUUGAAUUCACUACGUUUGGUGGAAACCAAAAAGGCGAAUGUGAAUUGGUACACCUAUACACAUGAAACUCGAUUGGUUCUUCUUGCAUCAGGAUUGCAAUGCAAGACAUUUAAUGGAUUUCAGCUUUCCACUGCAGGAGUUGUUCGUUUACCAAGAUUUGAGAUGACCAUGGCUAGAUCUGAAUCAAACAGUAAACCUAUUCUCUCUGCUGGAGAUCUCCACUUAGUCACUGUCUAUGGCCGAAUAUAUUGCUUACAAGUGGACAGGGAGGCAAUGCUACUGCAUCUAUACAGGUUUUACCGAGAUGCAGUUGUUCAACAAGGUUCUUUACCAAUAUACUCAAGCACAUUGUCGGUGAAUGUGGUCGAUAAUUUAUUGCUUGUGCACCAAAUCGAUGCAAAGGUUGUCAUCAUCUACGACUUAUUUGUGGAUUCUCGAGCUCCUGUAUCUGCGCCUCUUCCUUUGCUGUGGAGGGGUUACCAAGGCUCUGACACAUCGUCUCAAGCUGCUAACAAAGAAAUUGAGAGCUCAGAAUCAUCUACAAGCAAUGAAAACAUUGUCAUGUAUGAAGAUGGCUGGACCUUUCUUGUUCCAGAUCUUAUUCUGGAUCAGACUAACAAGGUUUUAUGGAAGAUACAUUUGGAUCUUGAGGCAAUUUCCGCUAGCAGCUCAGACAGGACGUCUCUUCUAGAAUUCCUGCAGCGAAGGAAGUUGGAAGCAAAUAAGGCCAAACAAUUGUGCUUGGGGAUAGCAAGGGAUAUUAUUUUGGAACGUCGACCAGCAACCCAGGUAACUCAGGCAAUCGAUGUACUAGUCACAGCAUAUUCGUACUCGGUUAAAGCCGGUACAUACAAGGAAAUAAAAAACGAAAAGGCCACUGCAUCUACUCCAACCGCUGGUGCAUCUCCUGAUAACGAAAGACAUAGGCCGUCUGGAAGCAAUAUUGAUGAAGAUGUUGAAAUGAACCUAUCAUCUGGUUCAAAGGAGAACAUGUUUUGUGCUAAUGAGCAGCAAGAAUCUCAACUUUCUUCACCGGCAAUUUCACCCGAUGAGCUCUACAAGUUUGUAUUUGCUUCUGUUGAGGAAAUGAUGGUUGAGGAAUCAGAGUACCUAGUUGCUAUCAUCACCGAGUUCCUUCGCAGUAUAAGUGCAGAAAAACUCAAAGUGGAUUUGAAUAUCUAUGUGAUGACCAUCAGACUUUUAGCUUACAGUAAGCGAUUUGCAGAACUGUCGCUAUUCACCACAAACAAGAUAAUCGAACCAUCAAAGGAAGUUGCCUUCCAACUUCUCGAGAGUGGUCGCCAAAACCAAAAUAUCCGGGUAAGGAAACUUGGGCUUGAUAUGUUGAGACAACUCUCCUUGCACCAUGAUUACAUCUCUUGCCUUGUGCAAGAUGGAUACUAUCUUGAAGCUCUGCGAUAUGCUCAGAAGCAUAAGGUGACGACUGUGCGAUCGUCGCUGUUCCUAGAAGCAGCAUUCGCGUCGAAUGAUAUGCAGCAUUUGGCUGCAAUUUUGAGGGUCUUGUCGGAAUUGAUUCCUGGGUUUAAAGAAACUUCCGAAUAUUACACUUUUUAUGGCCUUCUCAAUGACACCAGUUCCUCAGUUGGUGUCUGAAGAGAAUCAAUCUGUUACCACAUUCAAGAAAUCUAAAUAGUCUUUUUGGUUCGUAACUGGAGCUUAAUAAAGAAUUGUUGUUGGUAAUAUUCCAAUUUAUGUUCUGGUUCCUCUAAAAAGAAUAAUGACAAGUUUUUUCCUUAAAAUUCUCAAGCCGGUUUUGUUUGGUAA